UCUAAGCAACAGGACGCCUGAACCUGCUGCAGUGCGUCAACAGGGACGCGUCACCGCUGCAGAAAACAGCAGCACAAAAACAACUGAGCAACUUUAACAGUAAUACUCGUGACGCACGCUGUGGGCUCGAGAUCGUGAGAUUAACGAGGAGUCCGCGAAGGCAGCAGAUGCUGUCCCGCAAAGUUAGCUAGCGGUAGCAAUGGAGGCAGAGAGCCGGUAGAGGAGGAGAGGACCGCAGCAUCAUCCACGCACACACCGACAUGAGAGGAGCAGCUGAAGCCUAGAUCCGUGAACCAGACGACGGGGGAGGACGAUCUGUGACGAUAAAGAUGAGCCGCUUCUGCUCGGACAACAACAACUUCCCCUAUGACAACAAUGUCCUGGUUUUGGACAUGGUGCUGGGCUCUCUGUGGGGAGUACCCCAGCCCAUAAACUGGGACAACGUCGCCAAACUGGUCCCAGGAUUCACUCCCAAGGAGUGCGCCCGUCGAUUUGAGGAGCUGAAGAACACAGGGGGGUUUCCUCAUGUCGACAACCAAUGUAAUACUCUAACAGAGGGAGGUACCUCCCCUUCAAAUGACCUGUCUAUGCUUCUGGACGCUGAGGAGACGGUCGACUCAGGAGAUGGCCAGAGCAGCAGCAAAGUUACAGGCUCUAAAUCAACGCUCUCAGGAAGGGUUGGAGGUGUGGAGAAGAAAGAGAAACGAGUGUCAAUCGAUGAGGACGACCGACCCCAGAAGCCGAGAGAUCCAAAUAUGGUCAUCCACGUGUGUGAUGAGACUAAGAACUUGAAGCAGGACUUCACCUGUCCCAGAGAUCUUCUAGUUAAAGAGAUGCGUUACUUCGCUGAGUACUUGUCUGUGGACGCCCAGAGAUGGGAAGAGGUGGACAUCUCAGUUCACUGUGACGUGCAGAUCUUCGACUGGCUCAUGAACUACGUCAGGAGGAACUCUGCAGGAGAGGGAAACAGGGACAAACCUCGGCUCGAGCCCAGCAAUGUGAUCUCAAUCCUGAUCUCCUCCGAGUUCUUGAAGAUGGAUACGUUAGUGGACGAAUGUAUCCAGUACUGCUACAAAUACAUGAGCGCCAUCGUGGCUACACCCUGCAACAUGAACUGCAUCAAUAGCAACCUAGCGACACGCAUCGCAGAGCUCUUCAGCCACAACGAGGCGGACGACAUCAGGGACAAAAAGGACAAGUUCAAGAGCAAGUUGUUCCAGAAGAAAAUAGAGCGUCUCUUCGAUCCCAGCUAUCAGAGCAGAGAUUCACCGGGGAACGCCUCCACCCUCUACAGGUGUGGUUUGUGUCUGAAAAUGCUGACCAAAGACACAGAGAGGAAGAUUUGUUGUGUUCCAGGGAAACUCAACAUUGACGCUCAAGGAGAAAUCAUCUAUACCCACACAAGACAGAAGAGUUGGGACGUGCAUGAUUACAUCAGUGGACUAUAUGAGGAGCUCAAGUCCUGGGUCCUGGUGUACUGGAGAAUCUGGGGUACAAUCAACUACCUCACCUGCUCCCGGUGCCAACAGGUGUUUGUGUGUGCAGAACUGACCCACUGCAAGUACCACCUAGACAGUGUGCUGUACCCUGGCCUUGGUGCUGAGAAAGGCUUGCAUGGUGCAGGAAUUUAUCCCUGCUGCAACCAGAGGGUCCUCCGCUUUGACCCCACUGGUAUACCCAAGGGCUGUAAGAUGCGAGACCACAUAGUGAACCUACCUGAUGAAGAGAGCUGUGAUGAGGUGACCUCAGCUCAGACCAGAGUCCUCAAUGACCUGCUGCUGCACCGAGACGCAGUGUGUGUGUCCAACACACCGCCGGUGGAUGGUACUGAGGAGAGUCCGUCCAGUGCAGAGAAGGUUCAGGACUGUGAUGUUCUCUUGGAGCCAACACUUGUCGGACCUCUGAGAGGAGACGGCAGCACUUUUUCCCUCUUGAAAAACUGGAGUCUGCAGCUGAGGCACCAGUCUCUUCUGUCAGAGGAUGAGGAGUACACCACGGGGUCAGAGGUCACUGAAGACGAGGUGGGGGAUGAAGAGGAGCUGUCCAGGAAACAAGCUGCUAAGAAGGCAAAGAAGGCACACAGACCUCUGAAGAAACAAAUGUCCUCUCCCAACUUCCAACGCAAAGACAAACCAGAGAAAACACAGACGAGGGACAACACACCUUUUACAGUGAGCGUUCAGAAAAGUAAGUGGGACAGCUCUCGCUCCAUGCGCUACAACCAGGAUGCUCAGAGAGAAGAAGACCAGCGUCGCAUGGUGGAGAUCAUCGGCCACCUGACAAAGAUGAGGUUUGGAGACCAGGAGCAGAGCAAAUCUAAGGACACUAAAGAGCCUGCAGGGGGAACCUACUCCAGAUUGGAAGUGCAGUUUAAGAGUGCAUCUCAAAGUAGACAGAGUUCAGAGAAGACACCCAGAACUAAAACUCGCUACGCUCAGAUCCGGACAACGUAAAGGACCUGAUGGGAAGAAGGCCACUGAGCUGAUGAAAAGAGAGAUCAGAACAAAAGAGGAAGAGGCGAGAUCUUCCUGUGAGGAGGAACAUAACUUCCUAAUGGCAGCCCCCUCCAGCACGGCCACCUCUUAUAACUGUGGACCCUCCUCUCACCCUCACCCUCCCCUCUCUGCUUAACUCAGGUGACUAUGUAUGGAUCACCGUUAACUGCGUCCUCUAUCACUCAGCUCGCUGUGUAUUUGUGCAGCUGCGACCAGCCUGUGAAAAACAAGGAGAACUCUGGAUCUAGCUCAGCUCUUUGGAAAAGCACUUUGACGACCUCAGUGUUUCUUCAGGAUUUGUUUUUAUUUGGAGCCAGUGAAGUGCAGGUUCGACAUGAGAGAUGCUGGCUUAAGAAGUCGAACUCUUACUUUAAGAUCUGAAUUGUUUAGAGCCUGCAAAGUAAAAGAUUAAAGACCUCCGAUCUGUGACAGCACAGACAGCUCAGCUUGUUUCUGCUCAUCACAGCACAUCAGUCAGUACAUUUAACUCUGUACUAAUUCUCAUUGUCUAAUGUGGUGAAGUGCAGGUGUCUGGAUUUGACUGAUGCCACAAUAACUAACAACUAUUAGAACUCCCAGCUCUUAUAGAGAGACGUCUAGUCACCUACAUCUGUUCUGGAAUUUGAGUGUAUGUAUGACACUGGGACCAAUAAAACAUGAA